UAUAGUACCGGGGCAGGAAGACAUGUACCACAAGCAGCUUUGAGCUUGCAGUGCAAGUGCGCAACAGGCAGCUGGCCUCUAUAAAAGGUCUUGGUCCCCGACCGGAAAGUCGUGAACGGUAUGCGAGAAAUGAUGUUCUGCUGUGCGGGCGACUUCAAGGACGUCGACAAGGAGGAGGGCGCGGGCGGCGGCGGCGCGAAGGCGAAGCCGGCCGCGACCAAGGCGGCGAAGAUCAAGAAGGGGAAGGACAACCCGUAUGCGGCGCGGGGGCUCGACAAGUUCUCCACCGUGCUGUACGAGCUCGAGUCCCGGCGGGAGAGGAUCCUGCGGCGCGUCGGCCCGGACGUCGACGCCGACCACCUCAUGGUCCGGUUCGUGCAGUCCGAGGCCAAGGGAUGGGUACCCAUCGUCGUCAAGCUCCCGCUGGAGGAGCAGCAGGCCGCGGGCGCCAAGAAAAGCAAAAAGACUACUGCGCCGACGACGCGGCCCUCGACGCCGCCCACGGAGCCUGCCAGCCCGAAAGAGGAAGACGCUGAUAAGCACGUCCCCGCGACGAAGGCAGCGGUGCCGGUGGAUAAGAAGAAGGCAGGCGGCGAGCGGUGGUCGUGGUCCUGGGGGAGGAUGGUGAGACCGCGACAUUACCUGCCGCUGGCCGUGGCGCUGCUGCUGCUGAGCCUGGUCGUGUUCGGGAGGGUGUUCGCCAUCUGCUGCACUUCCAUUUGGUGGUACAUCUUGCCGAUCUUGAGUGGGGAGGAAGCGCAGGGCGCAUCAAGAUCACCGGCAGCGAAGUCCCGCAAGGAUCUUGGAAACAAGGCGAGCGACAAGGUUGCUCCUUCACAUGGCAAGAAGAGUAGCUCUGGCGCUGCUCAUGAGGUGAUUUCACCGAGAAGCCAUGCACAUCGCAAGAAAGGAUAAUUUACAUGGAUUCACCACACUUUGCAGGAUUAUCUUGUGUUGUAGUUUGUAAAUUUUUGCGUAGUUGGGUGGCCAGAAAGAUCAAGUUUUCCAGGUUAUCUUUCCUCCCUUUUUUAAGUUGAUUUAUUUUUUGCGUGCCUGUAAAUGUGCAUCAGCCCCUUUUAUGUGUGGCUACCCCAAAAGUGUUUAUAAAGCAUCGACCAUUCGGAAUAAA